UUUUGAAAUUUUGGAAAAUUUUCUUUUUUCAGUAAAAUGCCACCUUAAUAAAAUGUUGUCUUCUUCUAUUUUAAAAACUCAAAAAAAUGUUUUUCCAAAAAGUACACAAAAACAAUACAAACUAUCCCCUAUUUAUCCAUUUUUGGGCACCAAAAAUUCUUUGCCAAUUUAAUUUGUCGCCUACGUUUUUCCCCUUUUCAUAUUUUAAAUUUUUCCUUUUUAAACUUUUUUAUUGUUUCCGCUUAAAUUAAUUUUAUAUUUGCGUGUUUGGGUUUUUAUUUUUAAAUAAAAAUUAAAUUAAAUUGAUUAAAGAAGGUGUGGAGAGAAAAUAUUAUUUAUUAAGAAGAAAUUACACGUCUUACAUCAUGUAUUAACCGAUACCCUCGUGUUUUCGGUUAAUCCUAUUUUAAAAUACCCGGUUUUCGCUUUUAAGCCUUAGACAAACGGGCCGGGUGUGUCCAACUCUAAUUGAGAUAUAGAAUGGCAUGUCAUCAUAAUACUUGUUUUUGAAAUUGUCCAAGAAUGGUUUUAAACCGAUAAGCUUAAUAUUCUGUUUUUUGAUUUUUAGAUCACUUUUUCGAUUUUCUCCUCGAAUAUUAACUACGGGUCGUGGUCAAAUUCUAUUUAUUUACAUCUUCAGACCAACCUUUUCUAUUUUCAUAACACACUUAAUUAUCCUCUUAUUUUUUAAAUCUAAAGUUGUG